GUGAGUCGUUUAGUGUUCGAAGCGAGGGGCUAUAAAAUCAAAUCUGCUACGGCCGCUCAUCCCCAAAUUAAAAUCAAAAUCUCCACCCAAAAAGAGCGAUAGAUCUUGGGGAUAUCUAUCAGAUUAGAGAUGUUCUCCGCGAGCCAAUUCGACGCCACCAAUGCAUUUUCUGGGGGUGGAUUUAUGUCAUCUCAGCUCACCGAUUCCACCCCUUCUGCUGCAAAGAGUCGCGAAACUCAUGGCCUGGUUCCCGUGACGGUGAAGCAGAUAAGCGAGGCUUAUCAAUCUGGCGACGAAAAAUCAAAUUUCGAGAUCAACGGUGUUGACAUUUCCAAUGUUACUUUGGUUGGAAUGGUGUUUAACAAGACUGAAAGAAACACUGACGUCAAUUUCACUCUGGAUGAUGGAACUGGACGGAUUGGAUGUAGAAGAUGGUAUGUUUUUAAUUUCUUUUCGCAUGCAAUUUAUAGAAUUUUAUAGAAUAUGAUGGCAGUG